AUGCACUCCGCUUCCAGUAUGCUAGGAGUCGUGAAAAUGGAAGGACACGAGCACACGGAGUGGAGCAACUACUACGGCGAGCCGGAGGGUUACUCCACCAUGAACGCGGGGCUGGGCAUGAACAGCUACAUGAGCAUGCCCCCCAUGGGCACGGCGGGCAACAUGACGACGGUGGCCUCCGGCGGCUCCAUGGGCAUGUCUUACGCGGCCGGCCCGGCGGGCAUGAACCUCUCUCCGGGCGCGGGGGCCAUGGCCAGCAUGGCGGCGCACCUGAGCCCCAGCCUGAGCCCGCUGGGCGCGCAGGCCGGCUCGAUGGGGGGCGCGCUGGGCGCUUACUCGGCGCUGAGUCCCGUCGGGGCCGGCGGCAGCGGCGCGUACGGGCAAGCGGCGGGCCUGGGCCGCUCCCGCGACGCCAAGAGCUAUCGCCGGAGCUACACGCACGCCAAGCCGCCUUACUCGUACAUCUCCCUCAUCACCAUGGCCAUCCAGCAGUCGCCCAACAAGAUGCUGACGCUGAGCGAGAUCUACCAGUGGAUCAUGGACCUGUUCCCUUUCUACCGGCAGAACCAGCAGCGCUGGCAGAACUCCAUACGCCACUCGCUCUCCUUCAACGACUGCUUCCUCAAGGUGCCGCGCUCGCCGGACAAGCCGGGCAAAGGCUCCUUCUGGACUCUGCACCCGGACUCGGGCAACAUGUUCGAGAACGGCUGCUACCUGCGGCGCCAGAAGCGCUUCAAGUGCGACAAGCCGCCGGGCUCCAAACAGCCGCAGCAACAGAAUCAGGGCGCCUCGCCUGCCUCGUCCGCGGGAGCCCCGUCGCAAGGCAAGAAGGCGGCCUCGCAGGCGCCGCAGGAACGCGACCUGCCCAACGGGGCUCCGGAAUCGCCGCACUCCAGCGCCUCCCCUUGCCACGAGCACAAGCGCGCCCUGGCCGACCUGAAGGGCCACCCGGAGCCCGCCCCGUCGCCGGCGCAGCAGCAGCAGCACCUGCUGGCGCAGCAUCACGCCCACGCGGGGCUCUCCCACGAGGCGCACCUCAAGGCGGAGCACCAUUACGCCUUCAACCACCCCUUCUCCAUCACCAACCUGAUGUCCUCCACAGAGCAGCAGCAGCAGCAGCACCCCCACCAUCCGCACCAUCCGCACCAGCACCACCCCCACCCGCACCACCCGCACCACCCGCACCACAAAAUGGACCUCAAAGCCUACGAGCAGGUGAUGCACUACAGCAGCUACGGCUCGCCGGUGCCCGGCAGCCUGGCCAUGGGCUCCGUCACGAACAAAAGCGCCCUGGAGACCUCGCCCUUGGCCGGAGACGCCUCCUAUUACCAAGGGGUCUACUCCAGGCCCAUCAUGAACUCUUCCUAAAGGGCACCCCACCCUUCGGCUCUGCCCACCCCCUAAGGGCCAAUGCCCUCUUUCUCUCCCCAGGACAAACCCGAGACUUCUCUGGGCAGGAGGAGAUCUGAGAUAUGAUGUAGACUUUCGAAAGAAUCCAAACGGUGCCCAAAGCCAGGUCAGUUUAUUCCACGGCGUCGCCUCCCGAUCCCAAUCCAUAUCCAAAGCCCAUCGGACUCAAACAAUCCGGUGGCCUCCACCCACUACCUGGGAGCUCCGGCGCCUUUGUAUCAACUAAAGAUUCUCUAGCCCUAUUUUUUAAAUGAAAAAGACAACUUUCUAUGAGGAGCGCACUGACCCCACCUCUCCCGCGCACCACUUUUGGCAAAGAAUCCUGGACUUCGCGCCCCGCUCCUAGUUUUGAAAAGGCUCCAGUAAUAUUUAAUCGACGUUUGCUGUUGUGUAAUUUAAAGCUCCUUUUUCUUCUACUCUUUUCUCGCCGGCGUCGGGAAAACAGGAUUGAUCUCCAACAACCGUGGGGCGUGGAAAACAUCCGCGGGCUCUUGACCACCGUCACUUUUCUUCAGACACCGAUUUAAAUUUUAUAUGAGUUGGAGGUUUCCUUUCAGGAGUCUCCUUGUCUGUUUCUUUAUUUUGUUUGUUGCGGGGAGUUAUAAAUAUAUCUAUUUUUGGGUGUGAAAGUGACACAGAAAUAAGUGUGUGUGUGAACCGGUGUUAGAUUUCAAAACUGAGGAUCAAAAAGACUGUAGCGUUGUGAACUCGGGGGAGGGGGGGGUACCCAAAGAUGGACUUUAGAUUGUAAUCUGACACAGGAAGUUUUGAUGUUACCGGGAGAGUAAAGGACUCCGAUCGAAUUAAUUUAUCGUUUUUGUACGCUUUAUUUAUGGUUUAUAGAUGUGUAUUCUGGUAAGGACCGACCAAAUUCUCACAAACCAUAUAUUAAAUUGCUGUUGGAGAUUUUUUUUCCCCCUUUCUUAACUUAAACAAUAAUACCUGUCUGUUAUUUUCUAGUAUAAUGCAAAGAGAUGCGGGAAAGAUAAGGAACUAAUUUUAGCUCUUGAUAUUGCUUGCCAGUGGGCUUACUGUGCUCAGAGUAGGCCCCCUCCAAGAUGGCCUGUAUGAAUAACAUGCGUAUUUAAAAUGCACAUAUGAACCUGGAGUAUCGUGUUUCAUACAUCAUCAAAUCUUGUUGGCACGCUUACCAUUCCACGUCUAAACUGUGAAUAAGACUGCAACCUUACUCCCAAAUAUACACUUUAUUCUCAAGUAAAGACAGAGCUGAAUCUAUGGCAAAUCUUUGCCUGAUAUGCACUAGAUUCACAAGCAGUUUGGUUUCAGACUCCCAACUGUUUAGCAGAAUUACUUCCCGCUUCGUCCAAAGUAAACUGCUGAAAUGAAGGGGGCUGGGGGGUUGUUUUGGGGUUGUGCGAAAGGACUGUGAGCUCAGCUCAGUUCUGAUACUGCAGACCAACUCCUAGGCCCGGAAUGGACUCAGAGGCACUAGAAUCUGGUUGGUAGAUCUUGGGAUUCUAGUAAAAAGCAAAAUAGAUCAGAAAAGCCUAAAGUCUGCCAACUCCCUGAGUUGCAGCCCAUGGAAGUCCUAGGACAAGUCGGACUGAAAAUAGGGGCUUUCUUGUCGGCAAAGGAUGGACAAAAAAAAUGACAAAAAAAAAAAAUACUCCAGCCUUGUAAUGGGUUGAACUAGAAUGACCCACGUGGUCCCUUCCAACUCUACAAUGCUAUGACUGUGUGACCGGGUUGUUAGGCUCUCAGUCGAGGCCUAUAUAUAUAGAUGCUGCCUAUUCUAUGUAUGUAUAUUAUUGCUUUGCCUACUUGACUUUAAAUAUUGCUUUGUUUAUUUGA